CGCAGGUUAAACAUAGUACGAUGACGAGAAUGACGGGCUGUGUGUUACCUAGCAACCCGGCACAGCUCUCGCAUCAGUGACCCUCAGCAGAUGACGACACCCCCUAAGCUUUGCACUACUUUGCUUUACGGCAGCGACUGUAGUAUUGGCAGCAUUCUCUGCGUAGCCAGAGAAAGAUGGCAAAGGGUGAUAUGACCUGUAAUUGGGUUAAAAUAUGUCGAGAAUGAUGCAGCGAAUCAACAAAAACGUGUUACUGGCUGUACUAACAGCUGCAAGUUCCUUGUUUCUUCUUUUUCAGCUAUUCUACUAUCGAUACUAUAUAUCUGCAAAGAGUGGACCUGCCUUCUCUAAGCUGAAAGGAGGGUUGUCUGCACAAGACAAUACACAUUGGCGAGUGGUUAAGAAUUUUUUAAGUGUGAUUUCCAAUCACAAUGUGCCAGUGUUUCUAAUGGACUCCGUGGUUUUAGAACUACUGGCUAAAGACUUGGAACAGUUGAGAAGCUCACCAGACACGAGACCUUCUGAAUGUCAGUAUUUCUGCAAGCACAGAGAUGUCACCACAUUUGGACUUCUGGAUAAGAUAUGGGACCACAAAGGGAAUGUUUUUCGAGCUGUAGAGAAAAUGGGAUUUCAGUGGCAGAAAUAUGAAGGGAAAGAUCCCCGUCUGGAAGGAAUGGAUGACCUUUCAAGCACAGAAAUACCUCUUCAUUAUUUAUUCAAAAUGGCUGCUCACACAAUUCAUUUAGUAGUGUUUUAUGAAAGGAGUGGCAACUAUCUCUGGCACGGUCCUUUACUGCUAAAGAGAAAUAUGGAUAGAAAGUUUGUAGCUUUUCGGAAACUUCAAUUUGGUCGUCAUUCUGGAGCCUACAAUAGAGCUGACCUGAUCCAUAUUACAGCUGAUGGAUUGAAAGUACAGAUCCCAAAAGAUCCUUCACAAUUUUUAGCGGAGAUGUUACACUCAAAGUUUCUUGAGUGCAGAUACAAAGAGGCUCGGACCUUUUUCCAGCUCUAUCCUGAUGACAUUUCGCUUGAAGGGAUUGAAUUCCGAAAGAGAUCGAAAGCACUAUUAGAGUUGGCAGCUUCCACUUUGGAUGCUUUGGGUGUGAGUUUCUGGAUCAGCAGUGGUACUUGUUUAGGAUGGUAUAGACAGUGUAACAUUAUUCCAUACAGUAAAGAUGUGGACUUGGGGAUAUUUAUACAGAACUACAAGCCUGAACUAAUCCCAGCAUUUCAGAAGGCUGGGCUCCCACUCAAGCACAAAUUUGGCAAGGUGGAAGAUAGUUUGGAACUUUCAUUUCUUGGAAGAGAAGAUGUGAAGCUUGACAUAUUUUUCUUCUAUGAAGAAGAGGAUUAUAUGUGGAAUGGGGGCACACAAGCCAAAAGUGGCAAGAAAUUUAAAUAUCUGUUCCCGAAAUUUACACUUUGCUGGACAGAGUUUUUAGGACUAAAGGUUCAUGUACCAUGUGAGACUCUAGAUUAUGUGGAAGCCAAUUAUGGCAAGAAUUGGGAUGUUCCUCUUAAAGUCUGGGACUGGAAACAUUCCCCAUCCAAUGUACAGCCGAAUGGAAUGUGGCCAGUGGAUGAGUGGGAUGAGGUCAUUCAGUUACACUAGUGGACAAGUUUAAAAAAAAAAAUAAGUGUCAUUGGGCUAAUAAGAUUUGGAUUUAUCAAUAUAACUUUGAAUAUUUUCCAUCACAAAUUUCAUAUAGAGGAGUCUCUCAUGACAUUAUACUGAAACUUUACUUAUUUAUAAGCUUUGAUUGAGGCUAUUCUGACUGUGACAAAAGUAUUCUAUUGCAUUGGCCAAUGGUUAUCACGUAACUGGCACAAACCUUUCGUUUUUAUUUCAUUGAGUUUCUGUGACUUCAAAUUUAUACCCCCUAUUCACACUGAAGCCCCAACUUCGACCCAUCUACUGAAUUUGGUGUCAACCCGUGUUAAAGGUCUGUGCACUGCACCCUGGACCCGGGUUAUCCCAGAGUCAACCCUUUUCACACUGAAGAAUGUGUGAGGCAUGAGAACUGGACAUUUUUUUUGCCACACAAAAAUGAGGUCAUGAAAAAUGGGUGGUGACUGCAGUCUGCCAGUGUCACCAAUCAGCUCCUUUUAGUGGGACCUGGGUCCAAUCUUUCGCACUGCAGCUUACCCGGGUCUGUCCAGGAAAUAACCUGUCCCAUGGACCUGGGACACACAACCUGGGUCAAGCCCUUUCACACUGAGACCUGUCACCCCAGGUAAUACACUGUGUCAGAGGCCCAGAGUAAAAGGGAUAUUAGUGACCUUAGAUCCCACUGGUUAAUUAUUGUCUCCAGAAUAAGAGACACCUUUAUGUUUUAUUAAGAAGAACCCAAUUGAAGGGAUCUUAUAUUCGAAAAUACCCCAAUCCUGUUGUAUCGUACUGCUAAUGUAAUUUAAUGUGAAAAUACAAUUUCAAGUUAC